AUGGAGGCCAGGGGCUGGGGCUUAGUGCCCGCUGCUCACAUUUCCUGUCUGUUUCCAGAGGUAUUGACAAUUAUUUUCAGCUAUCUUGAUGUGAAAGACAAGGGGAGAGUAGCACAGGUUUGCACCGCAUGGCGAGAUGCAGCAUAUAGUCGUAGAGUUUGGCGAGGAAUCGACGCUAAACUACACCUUCGUCGAGCGAACCCCUCUUUGUUUCCAAGUCUUGUGAAACGUGGUAUUAAACGAGUGCAAAUUUUAAGCUUGCGACGUAGCUUAUUACGUGAUGUGAUAUGUGGGAUUCCAAAUAUUGAAACUCUGAAUCUUAGCGGAUGUUUUACAUUAACGGAUAUCGGUCUUGGGCAUGCCUUUUCACAAGAUUUGCCGAGCAUAACCGAGCUAAAUCUAAGUCUGUGUAAACAACUGACGGACAGUAGCCUUGGGCGAAUCGCCCAAAGUUUGAAAAACUUGGAACUGUUAGAGCUCGGUGGAUGUUGUAACAUCACAAAUACAGGUCUCCUUCUGAUAGCAUGGGGUUUAAGGAAGUUAAAAUCUUUAAAUCUAAGGAGUUGUCGUCAUGUUUCGGAUGUUGGAAUUGGGCAUCUUGCAGGAUUGAGUCCCCAUGCAGCAUCUGGCACUUUAGAACUCGAACACCUUGGACUACAAGACUGUCAAAAGCUCACUGACCAAGCCUUGAGGCAUGUCAGUUCUGGCCUACUGAAUCUCAAGACUAUUAAUCUCAGUUUCUGUGCGAGUGUCACAGACUCUGGGUUGAAAUUUCUUGCCAAAAUGCCUAGUUUAAAGGAACUCAACCUGCGAAGCUGUGAUAAUGUAAGUGACACUGGUCUUGGGUAUCUGUCGGAAGGUACAGCCAGGAUUGUAGCGUUAGAUGUCAGUUUCUGCGACAAGAUCGGUGAUCAAGGGUUGGUGUUUCUUGCUCAAGGAUUUUACAGUUUGCGGAGAUUGUGUCUUAGUGCCUGUAACAUAAGUGAUGAUGGCAUGGACCGUCUUGUGAAUUCUCUGCAUGAUUUAACAACUUUAAACAUUGGCCAGUGUGUAAGAAUCACAGACAGAAGUUUAGGCUUGGUGGCUGAUCACCUUAAAAAUCUUGAAUCUAUAGACUUAUAUGGGUGUACCAGAAUCACAACAGUAGGCCUUGAAAGGAUCAUGCAGUUGCGUACUCUGUCAACACUGAAUUUAGGCCUUUGGCAUAAGAAAUGAUAAGGACUUAAAUAUAUUUAUAACAAAUGACAACUCCAUUGGUGCAUUAUAAAGAACAAAUUUGAGAAUAUAUAUAUUUUUAUUUUCUGUCAUUUACAAUCUAUCUUUAGCCAAGGUCAUGACAAAUUAAGUGAAUCAUUGGUUCAAGGGUUGAUAAUGUGAUUUAAUAGUUUAUAUUAAGUAACAGUUCAUGUUAGAAUUGACAUGUACAUUAAUGUUUCUUUGCAUUCCCAAUAGAUCCAUUUCACAUCAUAUUUGGGUAAAGAUGUUGUAAAACUGGGCAUUACAAAUUAUACUAAAUAUUUCAUUUUCAAUUAUUCAAUGUUAUAGCCCACUAUGUAUUUGAAUAGGUAUGCAUCUGUGCAUUAAAAAACUAGUCCGUCCAUGGUAAAAAACUGUUUUUCACUUAACUUCUCUGUUAUCAGUGUAAUUGCAUAAAUUUUUGUUAAUAUGUAUAUGUAAAUUGACGUAAUGGAGCUCUGAUUGGCUAAAGGUUCAUAGUUUCCAUUGUGAUGUCAUUUGACAUUUAUGAAAUUCAUGUAGGAAUCUUUAUCCUUUUUUAUAAAGUCUUGGAAAGUUUCCUCUUGAUUUUUGAUUGAUCAAAUGGUCAACUGAUCCUGAUCAUCAGUCCAUGUACUGGUAGUAAGAUGGUUGAAAAAAGUCACUCUUUAUUGAUAAUUUUGAAACUGUAGACAUUUGUGUGAAUCCUACAUACAAGGGAUUAAGUUCAGAUUUACAUCCUGGUAUCAUAUCAAUUAAAUGAUUAUAUUCUACAUAUGAUUUGAUAGGUCAAGGUUAAGAGUCACAGGAUUAAGUAUCAUGCAAGAAAUUGAGAACUUCUCAAUGGAUGUAGCACAUAUUCACACAGUGACACCAUUGCCAUACAAUCUGAUAACAACUUUCACACCUCAACCUGUUUUGGUUUUAAUUAGUCAGAGAAAAGGUGUCAAAGGGCUCUAAAAUCCUUCAGUUUUUUAAGACGCUUUUGUAUUGGGGUAUGUUCAUGUGAAUCCUGCUCAUUUUAUUUUUAUUUUAUGUAUGGAUAAAUAAUGUAUGAAAAGCUUUUAAGACCUUUUUGAUAAAACAGAAUGAAGUACUAUAAAAAAUCUAAAAUUCAUAACAUUAUGGUUUUUAAAAAAAAUGUUAAUUCAGAAACACUCUUCAGCUAUUCUUCUUGCAUUCAGUAAUAAUAUGUAUAGAUAUUGCAGGGUUUUCCGUAAGAGCCGGUCGCCGGCCAAUUUGACCAGCUACUUUGAUAAUUUGGCCGCCUACACCAAUCCACUUCUGUAAUAAUGUUCCGUACAAGACUACACGUACACGGCAGGCCAGCCUCCUACUUUCACAACACAGCCUACUACUAACAAAAUUAUGGAAAACCCUGUAUUGUCAAAUUUGUUGCCCUACAUCAAUGCAACUUGGUGUAAGAUAUACUGAGUGUAAUGUAUGGUUUGUACAUUGUAUCGCUAUAUAUAGCUAUUGGGUAUAAUUUGCAUAUGCUACAGCUAACAAAAUUACAAUCAUGUUGUGAAAUGGAUCUAUUGUUGGACAGCAAUAAAUUACAUAGAAAUUGUUUUAUAUAUAUGUCUGUUUACGAUAUGUGACAAUUACAAAUAUUUGUUUCAAUUAUGAAGCAUGAUUCAAUGAAGUUAUGUACAUCGUGGAUUAAUUUUGAAGUAACUUAUUUUAAUACUGACAAAAGACUAAAUUUGAAGAUGCAGGGAUUUGACACCAAUUCCUUACUCAACAGUUCUAGAUUGUCAAUAUGACAUUAUCAGUAAAUGAAAAAGGGUCAGCUUAGCAUAGCAUUUUCUAACAUAAAGCAUUUCAUACUUAAAAUUAAAUAGUAUUAUUAAGUUACCAUUUCUGCAGCAAAGCAUAUUAUAAUGUUAUGACAACUGGUCUGAUCAAAGCAGAUAGGCUUAAAUAGCAGAGUAAUACCAAAUUGAUAUGGUUUGAUCCUAUUUUAUAUUUGGUAUUUAUUUAGUAUUCAUUUCUUCAGAGCUAAUGCCAAAGACCUAAAUUUUUAUAGGUAUUGUUGUACAUAUAAAACAUAUAUAUGGAUCAUUAGGUUGAGAAUUUAAUUCAUGUCAAGUCCUUGCAUAUGAAGAUUGGUCUAUAUUCACCAGGAGUUGUACAAAUAUCUUUUAUAGCCUUCAGAAAGUCAUGACUUGAUCUCUGCACAGUGUGAUGGUGUAGUCACCAGUAUUAUGACUUGAUCUCUGCACAGUGGGAUGGUGUAGUCACCAAUAUUGUGACUUGAUCUCCACACCGAGUGAUGGUGUAGUCGCCAAUACUGUGACUUGUUCUCAACACUGAGUGAUGGUGUAGCCACAAAUACUGUGACUUGAUCUCCACUCAGCAGGAUGGUGUAGUCACCAAUAUUGUGACUUGAUCUCCACACUGAGUGAUGGUGUAGUCACCAAUACAGUGACUUGUUCUCCACACUGAGUGAUGGGGCAGUCAUCAGUACUUUGACUUGUUCUCCGCACAGAGUGAUGGUGUAGUCACCAAUACUGUGACUUGUUCUCCACACUGAGUGAUGGUGUAGUCAUCAGUACUUUGACUUGUUCUCCGCACAGAGUGAUGGUGUAGCCACAAAUACUGUGACUUGAUCUCCACACAGCAGGAUGGUGUAGUCACCAAUAUUGUGACUUGAUCUCCACACUGAAUGAUGGUGUAGUCACCAAUACUGUGACUUGUUCUCCACACCGAGUGAUGGUGUAGUCGCCAAUACUGUGACUUGUUCUCCACACUGAGUGAUGGUGUAGCCACAAGUACUGUGACUUGAUCUCCACACAGCAGGAUGGUGUAGUCACCAAUAUUGUGACUUGAUCUCCACACUGAGUGAUGGUGUAGUCACCAAUACUGUGAUUUGUUCUCCACACUGAGUGAUGGGGCAGUCACCAAUACUGUGACUUGAUCUCCAAACUGAGUGAUGGGGCAGUCAUCAGUACUUUGACUUGUUCUAUACACUGAGUGAUGGUGUAGUCAUCAGUACUGUGACUUGUUCUCCACACUGAGUGAUGGGGCAGUCACCAAUACUGUGACUUGAUUUCCACACAGAGUGAUGAGUGUAGCAACAAAUAUUGUGACUUGAUCUCCACUCUAAGUGAUGGGGCAGUUACCAGUAUUAUGACUUUGACUCCACACUUGGUGAUUAAAUAGCCAGUUUGGAAAAAAAAAAUGUGCAUACUAAGGUGGAGUUAAAGGAUUUUUUCCCAUCGUUUCAAAUUUUCAGUAUUUGAAAUUGUUCAAGUUCACAGAAAUUUUUGUGUCAUGAUGUACUGGACAUAGAUACCUAUUUGUAAUUAUAUGAUAUUGAUUGACAGAUGCAUACAUCUUCCAGUCAACAUCACCCAAUUACUUGGUCUCAUUCUGUGAUUCCAGUAUCUAAUAAUGACAAGGUGUAACAACACAAUGUCACAUAUGUUUUUACACUAAUGUAAUCACUUGUGUGGGACGUAUCACCUUCUCAUUUAGGAACGCGGUAUGGAUUCUCCUGUUAAACAUACCAUACAUAUCUUGAUCCUUAUUUUUACAUACAGUUAGUUGAGAUACUAAAAAUAAUGGCUAUAUCAUGUAUGUGCUGUGUUUUAUUUAUCUCAACAACUUUUCAAUGUUUCUAUAUUUGAAAGAGUAACAUUGAUACUAUUCUCCACAUUCUAUCGCAUGUAUUUUGUAAAA